AUGAAUAUGAAGGUACAAUUGCAUGCAAGUGUAAAUCCUAAUAGAGUUUGGAUCACAAAUCCUAGUUCACUCUUCCUCUUGUGUGUUGGUGGAGAUGGUGAUGGAGAGCUCUCCCCCGCCGAUGCCCGUCUCGCGAUGAUGGAGCUGGCCAACAUGAUCUCGGUCCCCAUGGCCCUCACGGCCGUCAUCCGCCUCGGCGUGCCGGCCGCCAUCUGGGCGAGCGGCGCCAACGCGCCCCUCCCCGCCACCGCCCUCCUCCCCGCCGGCCACCCGGAUCCCUCCGUCCUCGAGCGGCUCCUACGCCUGCUAACCUCCCACGGCGUCUUCUCCGAGCAUGUCGGCGCCGACGACGACGGUACACGGCGGUACGCGCUCACCUCCGUGGGCCGUACCCUCGUGCCCAACGGCCCCUCCGGUGCGUCGUAUGCCGACUACGUGCUACAGCACCACCAGGACGAGCUGGUGCAUGCGUGGCCGCGGCUCCACGAUGCCGUGCUCGACCCCGCCGGCCCGGAAUCCUUCGCCCGCGUCCACAACGGGGUCUCGGCCUACGCAUACUACGGCCAGGAGGCGACAGAGCUGAUGAUGCGGGCGAUGACGGGUGUGUCCAAGCCGUUCAUGGAGACGCUGCUCGACGGCUACGUCGGCGGGUUCGACGGGGUGGAGACGCUGGUCGACGUCGGGGGUAGCUCCGGCCUCUGCCUCGAGAUGAUCAUGCGCCGGGUCACCACCAUCCGGGAGGGCAUCAACUUCGACCUGCCCACCGUUGUCGCCGCAGCGCCGCCUAUCGCCAGAGUAAGGCAUGUUGGCGGGGACAUGAGUAAAUCCAUCCCAUCCGGCGACGCUAUCUUCAUGAAGUGGAUAUUCAUAAUAUGGACCAACGAUGAGUGCAUGUCGAUCCUCAAGAACUGCCACAAGGCGUUGCCGGAGGGCGGGAAGCUCAUUGCGUGUGAGCCAGUGGUGCCGGAGACAACUGACGCCAGCAUGAGGACGAGGGCGUUGUUGGGGCACGACAUCUUUUGCAUGGCCAACUAUCGGACCCAGGGGAGGGCACGGUGCGAGGAGGAGUUUCGGCAACUUGGCCUCGCCGCUGGCUUCAGUGGCUUCAGGGCCCUCUACCUAGACCCUUUCAUCGCCAUCCUCGAGUACCUUAAGUGA